GCCCAACGGUGGGCUUGUCAUCGCUGAUGUCAUGCUGUCCACCUUGGAUACUUCUUUGCGAUCCUGCACUAAACUCACCGCAGCUGAAAUAUCGCAGGUAACCUUGAGUGUAUCUGCAGGCUUCAUCUCCUUUAACUGGUGCUCCAGUACAGCCGCUAUAAUCAGAGAAGUGUCCCUGGCUGGUGCGACACACACUGGUUUCUGGGUCACUCCUCAGCCCUCUGAGAGGCCCCUAUCUACAUGAGCAAGAGAGGAAGGCAGAGCGAGAGAGGGAAAGGUAUUUAUAGAAAAAUGGGGCUUCGCAGCACCUUUUCCUGCAAAGAACCCAUUCGCAACCAAGUGACGCGUCCCAGUUCUGUGAUCAUCGCGCCGCUAUAGGGUUUGAGGCUGAGGCUGGACCGCCUCCCCCCGCGAUGGAGAGCCUGACUCUGAGACCCUCUCCUCCGGCCUCCCGUCUCCUCAGCUGCAGAGCGCUGGUUCUCUGAUUGAGAACAGAAAGGAGGCUUGGCCCAGAUCGCCUGCAGAUGUGACCUUUUUAGGUGCACUUGACUUCGAGAGGGCUUAACGGAAGGCAGUGAGCUCAGCGGAGCAGCAGCAGCAGCAGCAGCAGCAGCACCGAGGUAUCAGCGGGCCGUCUCUUGGCCGCAUCGACCUCCAGGCCGGGGGUGAAGGGAGGCUGGCUGGAACGUGCCCUGCCGCAAGCCGGGCGAGGAUGAGGCGUUUCCUGAGCAGAAAGGGCCGCUUCUCCCUGCGCCAGAGCAAGUCUGGGACCCGGAGUGCCUCCAAAGAUUUCUACCUCGGCCUCCCGGCCACCAACCAGAACUGGCCCGAGGCGUUCGGCUUCCGCCUGGGUGGCGCCGGGCCCAGCUACAUCCUGUCAGUGGUGGAGGGCAGCAGUGCGUACCUGGCCGGCCUGCAGCCGGGGGAUCAGGUGGUGGACAUCGAGGGCCAGGACGUGACCAACCUCAGCACGCCGGCGCUGGUCGCUCUGGCUCAGACCCUCAAGACGGUGCCCCCCAGCAUCGGAGUGGUGUCGCGCAUCGAGCAGAUUGACGUCACUCCCGGGCCGGACGGCCGGUUCGGCUUCAUCAUCGUUGGGGACAGCCCCCUGAUCGUGGAGGACUGCAUGCCCAACGGGCCGGCCGGCCGCAGCGGCCUUAAGGCCGGGGACUACGUCAUGGAGGUCAACGGCAUCCCGGUGAAGCAUCACGAAACGGCAGCGGCCAUGAUCAAGGCGGCUCAGGGGCGGCCUCUCCACCUGGGCGUGCUCAGCAUGGCCCGGCGGCCCAAGCGGCUGAGCAGCAGCAUGAGGGUGCUGUCGCAGAGCGGCGACAGCAUCCGGGAGAGCCGCGCCCACAAGGCCAUGGAGUUCAACAAGAGAGUGGAAGAAGUGCUGGGGGAGGAGCCAGAUGUCAAGGAACAGCUGUUUGAGGUGCUCAAACAGUACGCCACUGAGAGGGAUGUGGACAGUCUGGCGGAGGCCCUGCCCGACAUCUUGAUCACAGAGGAGCACCAGCAGCUGAUUGACAGCGUCAGGAUCUUCAUUCCCAAGAAGCACCGGGAGCGAUUUGACGAGGUGGUUUCCCAGAGUCUGAUGAGUCGGAUCAAAGGGCGGAGCUUCAGUGACCCGAGCCGCAGCCACCUUCGACGCAGCCGGAGCGAGGAUCACCCCGAACGCCUUCUGGUUUCCACCCGCGCCAGUUCGGUGCCACGUACCCAAGCAGAGGAGGGCGUGGUCCCCCCCGCCCGCGGCAUGCGCAAGACCACCUCCCUCAUAGCUGGUCACUCCGGUGGCAACACCACCAACUGCAGGACAGUGAGAGUGUGCAAGGGUAACAACAGUUUUGGCUUCACUCUAAGAGGCCAUGCUCCAGUGUGGAUUGACUCUGUCAUCCCUGAAAGCCCAGCUGACAAGGCAGGUCUAAAACCAGGAGACCGCAUCCUGUUUCUCAAUGGACUGGACAUGAGAACGUCCUCCCACGAGAAGGUGGUGUCCAUGCUCCAGGGCAGCGGCGCCAUGCCCACCCUGGUGGUGGAGGAUGGUCCGCCUUCCUUCACGCUGGCAGAGCAGGACCUGGCGGGCGGCGGUCUCCCCGCAGAGUGCGCCCGCUCCCCUGUGCUCAGCUCCCUGCAGUGGGUGGCAGAAAUUCUACCGCCCAGCAUCCGGGUCCAAGGCCGCACCUUCGGACAGCAGCUGGAACACCUGCUGACCAUCCAGGAGAAGUACACCAUCUGCAAGGCUCUGGAGAACUUCUUCCAGCACAGGAAUGUUGACACUCUGAUCGUGGAUGUGUUCCCGGUGCUGGAUACUCCAGCCAAACAGGUGAUCUGGCAGUUUGUCUACCAGCUGCUGACAUAUGAGGAGCAGGAGCAUUGCCAAAGCAAGAUCUCACGCUUUCUUGGAUACAAAGCACCAGUUCCACCACCACCACCACCACCUCCUCCUCCUCCGCCUCCUCCGGAGGCCGAUGUUGCCCCCGAGCCCCAUCGACGUAGCAGCUCCAUGAGGGUGACAGGGACCACGUACAGGAGCAGUGUGAGGGGACGUAGCUCUGAUGACCUGGUCAUUGGCACACACAUGGGCAUGGGCCUCCGUGUAGAGACAUUGAUGGAGACGGGUAUGCGUUUGGCUCCAGGGGAGAGACAGUCAGGAGACGGUACCUCCCUUCCUGAGACUCCUAAUAACCUCACCAAUCUGUCGGCAGUGUACGCUGAACUGGAGAACAUGUAUUCAAGCAAGAGGUCCAAGUCUCUGAAGAGUCGUCCUCCUCCCACCCCUGAGAGUUUGCUGGAUCUGGAGCGUCUGUCGCGCACAGCCUCCCCGACAAUACAUGCUAACACAGGUGGUCGAAAAGGCCCCCCACUCCCUACAUCCUGGCCAGAGCCCCUCCCCAGCCCCCCCCAGUCCCAUUUCUAUUCAUCGGGGUUAACGAGCCAGACCAGUGGGGAGUCCAACCCCUACAUCAGCCUUGACAGUCCCCCUCUAUCACCCCCAGAGCUCCCUGACUACCCUUCCACUCCCCCCGGGGUCCGCAGCAACAAGCGGCGUUACACCUUCUCCAAGCCGCCUCGCUCCGAAGACACCGACCGCUUUCUAGAUGCUUUGAGCGAGCAGCUGGGACAGAGGGUGGCCAUCAUUGAUGACUUUCUGACACCGGAAAACGACUACGAGGAGGAUGUUGUACAGAUGGGCUUCCCAGAUGAAGAGGAUGAGGAUAUUGAAGAGGAUUUGGGGCUGGACGAAGAUGAAAAUGGAGGAUUCAUUGCCCCAGAGCUCAGCAGUCCAAGUGACGCUCACAGCAGCAGUGGAGAAGAGAAUGCCUCCUCCCUAACCUACUCGUCCUCCUCCGACCACAUCCCUCCACCCCCGAUGACCCCUCCGCCGCCCCCACCUGUUCAGUUCAAUGAACCGCCUCCUCCACCUCCGCCACCCGCACAGACCCAGUCUCAGCAGCAGCAGCUUAGCUACACCCCCGAACACUCCCCGAGGGCAUACGUGCCCGUCCGCCGCAAAUCUGGCCCACCUCCUCCACCUCCGCCCCGCAAUCACCCACCUCCUAAACGGCACUCCUUACAUAAAGUGCUGCCCAAAAGAGACGACCUUCAGGUCCACGCUACCAUACAAGAGCUGAAAGCUUUUCAAGAGAAACAAGUGUACCCGGAAAGACAAUCGUAUGCAGAACAAGCAUUUAAGGAGAGGCAGGCGUAUGAGGAGCAGAAAGCCUACGAGGAGCAACAGCUGUUCCAAGAGCAGCAGGAUUUCCAGGAACAGCAGGCCUUUCAGGAGAAACUUUUCAAGGAGAGACAGGCUUACGAAGAGCAGAAGGCGUAUGAGGAGCAAAAAGCUUUUGAAGAGCAACAGAUGUUCCAGGAGCAGCAAGCCUACCAAGAAAGGCAAGCGUAUGAGCAGCGGCAAGCUUACCAAGAACAAAAGGCAUUCGAACAGCGCCAAGCCUACAAGGAGCAAAAAGCACUCGAGGAGUUGGAGGCCUACCAGGAGCAAAAAGCUUACGAGGAGCUCAAAGCGUACGAGGAGCGUCAGGCAUACGAGGAGGAACAAGCAUUUCAAGAGCAACAGAUUUACCAGAGCCACCACUCCAUGCCCAGUCAGCCAACACAGCAGAAAGCCCACUCACCGCUGCCUCCCCAACAGCUCCACCAGUCUUUACCCCCGCUCCCCUCUCCGGACUCCUCCCACAAGCACCCUAACCAUCCGCUGUAUAUGAUGCGUCAAGCACAGGCCCACCAGAGUCAGCACCGCCGGCGUCUGUCCCGGUCAGCCCCAUCUCCACACCAGGCGUCGCCCCAGCCGUCGGCCCACCCGAGCCAACACGGCCAAUAUGCCGAGGGCAUCUACCAAAGCCACCAGGGCGUGAGACCCCAGGCCCACCAUUCGUCUUCGGAGAUGCUUAACGAGAGGCCCCAAGCACCGGCCCAUCACGCUUCUAUUGAGAUGCUGCAUCAGUUGCAGCAGUCCCAGAGCCAGCAUUCUUCUACCGAGAUGCUGCAGCAGAUGCAGCAGUCCAAGGCCCACCAUUCUUCUACAGAGAUGCUCCAGCAGAUGCAGCAUGUCCAUGCUCACUUUUCGUCAUCAGAAAUGCUCCCCCAAAUGCACAAAACCAAAGCCCAUCAUUCCUCAACAGAGAUUCUGCACCAAGGUCACCAGAUGCUGCAGAUGCAGCCCCACCACUCCUCAGCCGAAGUUCUCCACCAGGAUCAUCAGAUGCAUCGUGGACAACCUCACCACUCAUCCACUGAGCUCCUCCAUCAGGUGCACAAGCCCCAAGCCCACCACUCUUCCACAGAGCUGCUCCAUCAAGCCCAGCAGAUGCACCAAGCCAAGAACCACCAUUCCUCCACAGAGCUUUUGCAUGAAGCCCAGCAGGAGCCCGCCUCCCUCCCUUUUCAGCUAAACCGGGACAGCCACUCCCAUCAAAGUCGGAAAAGUGUUAAAGGUCCUCAUCAGACCCAAGUGUCCCCGCAAGGGAGACACCAAGAACAGCAGAUGCACCAAACCCAUCACCCCCAGCCCACCAAACCCUCUCCCCAAAGACCCCACUCUACCCAGCAGACUCACCACCACUCCAGCACACCUCAGAUCCACCACAUCCACCACAUGACCCCACAGCCGCUUCCCCAGGAUUACCAACCCCAGAUCCACGUAAUCCACCCCCCCCAGCAGCCCCACAGGCCUCAGCCUCUUCUGUCCACCUUUCAGCCGCUCCAGCCGCACCCGCUCACCCUCUCCUCCUUCCAGCCGCUGCCCCCACACCACCAAUCCCAGCACCAGAUCCAUCCCUCCACCCAAGCUGCUCGCUCGCAGUCCCAGCCCUCACAUCACCUGCUGCAGCAGCAACACCAGCCCCUAACCCAGGCCCACCAUCAGCCAUCCCACGGCCAGGGCCAGCCCCAGUCGCUCCCGCACUCGCUGUCUGACCCUUCGGAGCAUCUGGAGCCCCCUCCGCCUCCACCCUUGCCCCCACCCUGCACCCCACCGCCCUUGCCCAGGCCUUCGCUCUCCAGGAUGGACUCCAACCACAUGAGUGUGAAGAGGCUACGCUGGGAGCAGGUGGAGAAUUCAGAGGGCACUAUCUGGGGACAGUUGGGGGCAAAUUCCGACUAUGAAAAACUGCACGACAUGGUGAAGUAUCUGGAUCUGGAGCUGCACUUUGGGACACAGAAGAGCUCCUUGACCGCUCCGGAGCCAUCUCUGACAGAGACCUUCAGAAAGAAAGACGUGAUUGAAAUCCUGUCUCACAAGAAAGCCUAUAACGCCUCCAUCCUGAUCGCACACCUGAAGCUGUCCCCCGGGGAGCUGCGCCAGGUGCUGAUGAACAUGGUCACUGACAGGCUGGAGCCGGCCCACCUCAAACAGCUGCUGCUCUACGCCCCCGACGCAGAAGAGGUCAAAAAGUACGAAAGUUACAGGCAGGACCCCAGCAAGCUCAGUGAGCCCGACCAGUUUGUGUUGCAGUUGUUGUCAGUGCCAGAGUACAAGACCCGCCUGCAGUGCCUCCUCUUCAAGUGCUCCCUGCAGGAGAAGACGGAGGAGUUGAGGGGAGCGCUCGACUGUCUCUACAAGGCUUCGAUGGAACUCAAGACGAGCAAGAAGCUCGCUAAGAUACUAGAGUUUGUGCUGGCGAUGGGGAACUACUUGAAUAACAGCCAGCCUAAAACCAACAAGACCACUACAGGCUUUAAGAUCAACUUCCUCACAGAGUUGAGCACAACGAAAACGGUCGACGGGAAGUCAACGUUUCUGCACAUCCUGGUCAAGUCGUUAUGUCAUCACUUCCCCGAUGUCUUAGAUUUUUCCAAAGAUUUAACUAUGGUUCCUCUUGCAGUUAAAGUAAACCUGAGGGUCAUCGCGUCUGACCUGAAUGACCUCGACACAACCAUCCAGGAGAUCCGCUCGGCUUGUCAGAAGAUGCCCGCGAGCGCUGAGGACCGCUUUGCUGUCGUCAUGAGUAACUUUCUGGAAAACAGCCAUCCAGCUGUCCAGUCCCUUGAGUCCCUGCAACAGAGAGCCAUGGAGGAAUUCAACAAAACGGCCUCCUACUUUGGAGAAGACGGCAACAGCACAAACACCGAGGCUUUCUUUGGUAUCUUUGCCCAAUUCAUCGACAAGUUUGAGAGAGCUCUUCAUGAUCAGCAAGCUGCAGAAAAUCAGAAGAGCCCCAGAAGUCCACGAUUGGCCUCCCCACUCGCCUGGUAACACACACACACACACACACACACACACACACACACACACACACACACACACACACACACACACACACAGAUGGAGAUAGUUAAUACACACACGAUUUAGUUCCAUCCAUAUAUUCUGUAUUUACAUUCACAAAGACAUAAAGUACAAAUUUUGGGCAAAAAAAUAAAACAUUUUAUAUAUUCAUUUAUUUUGGGUGGUAAUGUCAUGAGGCACAAAUAUAUUAACUUUGCAAGAGGGACAAUAGAGGUUAAAGCAAGUUUUAUUGUAAAUCACGUAUAUCCUUCCCAACUGAAAGUUGUUGUUGGUCUAAAUCUUAAUGAUUGAUGCUGUGUAGAAAACGACCUUGUCUGACCGUCAGCAUUUCUCUAACGUUUGAAAGUCGCUCAUUAACAUCCUGUAGUUGAAGAAUUCUUUUUCUAAGCCUGUGUGUUUGUGUGCUUUAUGAUUCUACAGUGAUGCCUUUGUUGAAUAAACACUAUUAAGACAUUUAGACAAAUCUGUUUGAUCCUGAAGUAGACAUUAAAUUAAAAUACAUUCACAUUCUCUUGGUAGUUUAAAAAAAAAAAUCACGUUUGUGUAUUUUUGUAAGCCGCCCGGCAACACUGAAUGUAGCUUAACGUCUUUUUAGCGUCGAGUAAAUACUCAUUGAGAUCUUGUGUCCUGAUGAUUUAAUUAACUUGCAUCAGAUUUUCCAUUAAAUUUCUUCUUAAUUUUAUUAUAUUAAUAUUCCAUCUAACUUCAUGUAUAUAUGAAACAAAAUUAUUGUUUUUAUACAUCCGAACUGUUCCAAGGAUCAACCUUGGUUUAACACACUGGGUGUAGGUAGGAGAAGUGGGAUUAUAUGACAGCGGGCAGUGUGCAAUAUGUGAAUGUAUAACUGUGUUGGAUAUUAUACUACGUAUUAGUAUACUAUAUGAAACUUUAAUAUAAAUAUAUUGUGUUGUACAGAGUGGAUUUAAAGGAAACUGAUGGAGAUGCGACUGUAAAUAAAGCACUUUGUUACUUUCAUGUUUUACCUAAAUAUUUAUUUUAUUGAUUGUGUCAUAUGGAGCAACGAUAAAGUAAUCAAGUAUCUUGUAGCAGAGGCAGCAUGUUACAUACGGUGAAUAAUACGCCUUUUAGGAUAUGCUAUUCAUCUGCAAUACAUGCAUUAAGUCUCCCAGUGAUAUUUUUUAAUUGUAAGGUAUAUGAAUAUGAUACAAUAUGAACCAAUUGUUUUCUGCUUAAAUUGUAAAAUGUAUAACUCUAAAGCAUUAACGUCCAUUUAAGGCCUGUUAAGUGUUCCGUCUGUAUUUUGUAUUGUAUCCUAAGAAUGCUACAAAAAAUUAAAUAAAAUCUACUUUU